CGAAGGCACCCCCCCCCCCCCAGAUGGCGCAAAGGCCCGCCCCUCACGCAGAGCCAAUCGGAACUCGAGGUGGGAGUGCUGGGUCUUCCAGGAGCGCGCUUGCGCGCGAGGGUGACUACCGGCGGCCGGCUGGUAUGUCGUGUCCGCAGGCUUCAAUCCAGCGGCUGCCACCCGUAAGCUACCAGGAGGAGCUUUAUCACCACCUGGACUACUAUACCUGCCUGACUUCCCGGCCUGCGGGGUCCGCGCAGCAAAGACCUGACGCUACUGGAGCAGGCGCUAUGCACCUACCGGCUGGCGCCUGGUGGGUACCAGCGCAAGGUCGCCCAGAAGCUCCUCAAUGGCCGGCGCAAGCGCCAGCCAGCACCAGCUGCAGCCCCGGCGGCGAACUCGCCUCAGCUGAGCCUGGGUUUGAAAGAUUCCAGAGCAAGUUGAAAGCACAAGGCGGUGAGGCACCACGCGCACCGAAAGCGACCUCCCCGGCUGGCCGCUGCAGGUGCAUCCAGGAAGCAGGCACAGGGGCCUCAGGCUCAAUCCCGCCAGGGCGGAGGGCCCCAUCCCCUUUCCCAGUGCCCCCGGGUGACCAGCGGUUCAAUGACCUAGCUUGAGCCAGGCACCAACCAGGAGCGACAGCAAGGACAGCAGCAGUGAUGAACAACCCAUGCUGGCAUCAGGACUGGCGCACCACGCCACGCACGCCCAUGGCCCUGCUGCUCAUCCGCCCUCAGGCACCAGGGUGGCAGUCGCCCCCUGCACACAUGCGCGUGCUGCUCCACCACCCGCCCUUCACCCAACAAUUCAGCAGGGGGUAACUGAUGGAGGCAAGGGGUAGGACUGGCCACACCACCUGCAGGGCCGCCCAGGGAAUUAAGGAAAAGCACGUUGAGGGUCCCUAGAGGCCCUUUCACUACUUUUUAAACCUUUGGACAGUUUACACUACCUUUAAAAUUGCAUUUGUGCAUCAUACCAUUGCAAGACCACAAAGGAAGUUUCAACUUAACAUUUAUUGCAUGCUCACUUCAGGCCACUGCUGAGCCCCCAAAACACACAGCCUAGUAACAUCAACAUCACCUUCAAGGACUGCAGAGACAGAUCAACAACUAUAUAAAUAAUAUUGUGGAAACGUAGUUAUUUGGGUGAGAAAAAUAUGAUGCUAGAGGCUUUCAGAAACUUGAAAAUACAGUUAGCCUACAAAUCUCAAAUUUAACCCCAUAACUGUAGCCCUUAGUCACCACACCUUCCAGCUCUCUCAACUCCCUUGCCUCUAGUUUACUCCUCUUCCCAUUUCCUACAACUUAACUUUGUAGGGGGAGCAUUUUAGCAAGGCUAUUUCAAAAGCAUGAAAACUCCAACUGAUCCAAUGAAUUUACUCAGAAAUUUACACUAACAGGGAUGCUCUCAAAAUUUUAAAUUACUUAAGCUUUAUAUUAGCAUAAAAAAUUUAAAACCAAAUGCUUAACAAUAGGGUACUGUUGAAUAAUUUAACAUACGUCCACAUAAAAUUAAACUAUUAAAAUCUGCUUUUCAAGAAAUAUUUAAUAAUGUAGGUAAUACAUGCUUAUCUAACGUGGAAUUUUAUGUCACUGCUGCUAAAGCAAAACAUCCUGUUCACUGGGUGAAAGACCUGCUUUAUGUAUGUACACUUCAGUGCAACUUUUAAAAGAAUACUGUAAUUAUAAUCUCAGAACUUCCGAAUUUCAACAGAUGCCAGUGUUCUCUUCUUUUCUCAUAUGGGAAAAUUCCUUUGAAACUCAUUUGAAGCUUGGACAAAAACUCCACAGCUGUAUUCCUCAGGAUCACUUUGCAGAGUCUUCAAGACUCAGAGAGGAAGCUUCAAUUCAACCUUUCAGAGAAGGCAUUCCAGGCUCACAUGAUCUCAUCAACCAAGAGAAUGUUGGUGGCAAUCACAGCGCUGAAAGGGGGACAAAAAUUAGAUGGCUCAGAUGAUUAAAAGCCCUGAUUCGACUCAACUUCCCACUUCAACUAAGCUGCACACAUACAUCCAAUUAAAUUUCCCCCUUCCCCUCUACACAUCAGAGGGUUAGUUCAGUUUCCACACUUUCAGCUGAUUACAUUGUUCAUGGGGGAAAAGGAGCAACUAAACAGGACACACCAAAUGAAAAGAGUAUGAUGAUUCUCUAACAGUUUAGUUUUCUGUUUCCCAAACUUACCAAGAGUGAUGAAGCUGUUUCUUUACACAAUCGUUAUCCUGUAACGCCUACUUCUGCUGCUACCACUGGCUCACCUAGAAGGCAACCAAACCUUAAAUAAGUUCAGUCAAUAAGAACCAACAAUAUUGUGUGAUUGUGUGUGGCUUUGCUUAUCACUGAUGACUCAUUUCCGCCAGUAUUAACUAUGAGAAUUCAAAGCUUCUCUGUUAGCCCAGUUUUCUACUCUGAACCAUGAACCCUGUCCACAAUAUUUGAGGAGUGUCUGACUUCUACUUAGAAGACCUGAACAUCUCUCUCUUCUGGAUACAUUUCUGUUUACCCAUAGUAUAGUACUGCGACUAUAAUCUGGCUAAAAUGGACUGAUCAUUUCCCUCAUUCCAGAAACCUUUUUUAUUAAAUAAUAAUGUUGACAACAAUAGGUCUUGCACAUACUGCAUGGAUGUACCUGUUAUCUGUCUUCUACUUUGUACUUAAUUUGUGUUGUUUUGUUACAGGGGUCUAAGAUCAUUUCAUUAGAUUUCUAGAUCCCCUUUUCUGGCACUAUUUGCUAUCUUUAGCUGUUUUUCACCCAUGAAUAUAAUCACCCAAUCUAUUUUCUUAUCAUAGUACUUGAUUAAAAACUGAGUAAGGUGGCUGGGCGCGGUGGCUCACACCUGUAAUCCCAGCACUUUGGGAGGCCGAGGCGGGCAGAUCAUGAGGUCAGGAGAUCGAGACCAUCCUGGCUAACACGGUGAAACCCCAUCUCAACUAAAAAUACAAAAAAUUAGCCGGGUGUGGUGGCAGGCACCUGUAGUCCCAGCUACUCGGGAGGCUAAGGCAGGAGAAUGGCAUGAACCUGGAAGGCGGCACUUGCAAGUGAGCCGAGAUAGCGCCACUGCACUCCAGCCUGGGGGAUACAGCAAGACUCCGUCUCAAAAAGAAAAAAACAAAAAACAAACAAACAAAAACCCACUGAGUAAGGCAAAUGCAAUAUGAAAAUCCUUCAACAGUAAUCUGAACCAUCUACCACCACUCAACAUCUCCAACAAAAUUAUCCCAAAAUUACUCAGUCUACUCCCUUAUUAUAUCUAAUCAUUCCAUUUUUUAUUAAUAUCCUAUUUUAUCCCAUUUUCAGAACCUAGAGUUCCCUAAUAGUACUGGUGUCAAAUUGCAAAGCAAAAGAUUUUUUUCUGGUCCCCAUUUUUAAUCUUUCCUGGCUUCAACUCUCAUGUAUUACAUCUAG